AUGCCAACUGCUCUGGUUACAGGAGCCACAGGUAUCAGCGGCCAUGCAAUCGUCGAACAUAUCGUGAAACUACCAGAUUGGACAAAAGUAGUAACUCUCUCUCGCUCUCGCCAGGUCACGCCUCAUUCCAAAGUGACCCAUCUAACAGCCGAUCUUCUCAACGACCCAACAACAUCCCUGAUAGAUUUAUUCCGGGCAGACGCCCAAGAAAUCGACUAUGUAUUCUUCAGCGCCUAUCUCGCUAAUCCGGAUGAAGACAAGGCGUCCGAAAUCAACACGGGCAUGCUACGAAAUUUCAUCAAUGCUCUACGCAAAAGCGGCGCCAUCAAGUCCAUAAAACGAAUCAUUCUCGUGACGGGGCUGAAACAGUACGGUGUCCAUCUCGGACAGCCCAAGCAACCCAUGCACGAAAGUGAUCCGUGGAUAGAAGGUGAAUCAUGGCCCAAGAAUUUCUACUACGAUCAGCAAAGACUCCUAGCCAACGCAGCCAAGGAAGAUGGCGACAAGUGGACAUGGGCCGUCACAUAUCCCCAAGAUAUUCUUGGUGUCGCUCGUGGAAAUUUUAUGAAUCUCGCAACUGCUCUAGGACUGUUCGCGAGUGUAUCCGCAAUCUCGGGGCAGGGCGAAAUCCCUUUUCCCGGCGCUAAAGGAACUUAUUUAGCCUUCAACACCUGGACAUCGGCUCGAUUGCAUGCGGAGUUUUGUGUCUGGGCAGCCCUCACUCCAGAAGCCGCCAACCAGGGGUUUAAUGUGGUGAAUGGCGAUACCGAGAGUUGGCAUAAUCUAUGGCCCAGGUUGGUAGAACGAUUUGGGGGUAAAAUACCACCAGUCAUGUUUCCGAAUGAGCCUUCCGGAAAAGGAUACGCGGACUUUGAAGCGUGGCACGCCGUUUCUCCUUUUACGCCUGCUAUUGCAUAUCAUGAGGAGCGAAUUGGUCUCAAGGGAGAGUUCAGUGGGACGCAUAAUGAGAAUCAUCAACAGAUCGAUACGGUGAAGUGGUCGCAACGACCUGAGGUACUUGAGAAAUGGAAAUUGCUAAGCGAUAAGUUUAAACUAGAGGAGGAGACGUGGGAACAAGCGACAUGGAGGUUUAUGAGUUUGUUGCUCAGUCGCGAGUUUUCUUGCGUAGUCAGCAUGAGCAAGGCGAGGAAGUUGGGAUGGACUGGCUAUAAGGAUACUUGGGAGGCGUUUGAGGAAACGUUCGAUGCGUUAGAGAAAGAGGGUAUUCUCCCCCCAGCCGGCCAAUUGAAGGAACUGAGAGUUUAG